AUGAGAUUUUUUGUUCCUGCUUUACUUUUGACUUUGUCAUCUAGUGCUUUGGCUGCCAUUAUACCAGUUCAAUUCUUUGCUUCUUCUGAUAACGAAAAAGUUAACGGACAAGGUUUAUACUCAACUCACGAAGGUGCUGGUAUCAACUACUUUUUCUUGGGUGCUGGUCAAACUUUACAAUACAAUGAUGAAACUAGAGUUGUUUACGUUGACGUGGACACGCAACCACUAUUACAACAAAACCUUACUUUCCUUAAUAAUAUUUUGUCAUUGACUUUCAGUAGAGGGUCAUUACCAGCUGACAUUGCUGAAGAUGGUUCAGUUACCUUUCUAGUAUCUGAUGCUCUUGCUGCUGCCAAGAACAUCAAUGAUCCAUAUAGCUACUCUGAAUCAAAAUAUGCUGUUGUUAAAGUUGGCGGUGAAGGUUCAAUCCCAUUGACUCUUAGUGCUAAAUUUGGUGAUGCUGAAGAAGAACAACAAUCAACCUCAGGUGAAGAAGCCUCUGAACCAACUGAAACUCCUGCUGAAGAAGAAUCUACCAGUGUUGCUGCUCCAGGUGUUAACGAAGAACCAGAAGUUACUUCUUACGAAGGUUCUGCCGCUGCUGUCGGUGGUGCUGGGUUGGCUGCUAUUGCUUUUGCUGCUGCAAGCUUAGUUUUCUACAUCAACAUGCGGAUUUAA